AUGGGAAAACAAAGAUUGAAUUCUUCAUUAGCUGUUAAAGACAUGUAUUUAUGCUUGAAGGAGAAGGGGAAAUCUGUAAGAGAAUCGGAAGAGCUUUUAGCAAAGGUGACCAACUUUUAUGUUAAGAAGAACGAGAUUGAUAGAAUCCUGGAUAAGGCUGUGCCCACAGAGAAAAGGAACGAGUAUCAUACUCUGAUGAAAGAAAUACAAGUUUUCCGCAAGAAAUACAAAAAAUUCAGUAACAAGUACCAUAAGCAUUGCAACAGUCUGCCACGUAUAACGGCAGAACACCCAGCAGACUCAUUAACAGAGAGUGUAGUGAUUGACCAGGAACAAACUACAAUGCUAGGGCCAGAUUCCACGCCUGCAAGCACUUUAAGCAUAGCAGGAUCAAGCACCGGGUCUUCAAGCUUGUGGAAUGAAUCAAAAAAACCAGCCAUCAUGACUCGAAAGUUCUUCAGACUUGCAAAGAUCCGCAGAGACAUCAGAAAUCUGCAUGGCCGCAUCUCUCACAUCAUAGAAAGAACGAAUAUGAUCAUGCAGGGUGCUCAAAGUGAACAAGUGGAAAAGAGUAUGACUUUUGAGGAUAUGAUAACAAAGGUUUCUGUUCCAGAAAAUAAACACUAUUUGUUUGCUAUCAAGGGCCGUAGCAUUGAGUUGCAACUGAAUCACCAUACUAUUUUGGUUCGAAGUUGCCUACCUGGACCACAAGAAAGUUCCCGAGUGGAAAAAGUGUUCAAUUUGGCGGAACAAGAGUUUUUUAAGCUACCGGAGAACCCAGAAUACCCUAAUUGCUCACUUCUAUUCAUGCAAGGGAGUAAAUUUCUUAAUACCAUUGGUCCCUUAUUUUUCGACAACAUGCCCGAUUUGUGUUUGUUGGACUUGUCAAAUACGAGAGUCCGGUCCUUGCCAGAAUCACUUUUCAGGCUCUCGAAACUUAAAGUUUUAUUGUUGAGAAACUGUUAUUGUGUGGAAGAAAUUCCAGCUGAAAUAGAGAAAUUGAACAAUUUGGAAGUGCUAGACCUUUCAGGCACUCGGCAGUAUGUUCUUCCUGCUCAAAUCGGCGAGCUCACUCUCCUAAAGCAUUUGCAGCUAUCGAUUUUUGGAUCUGAAUACAAAGAACACUAUCCGGUUCUGAAAUGUCCAACGAUUCCUCACAAUAUUUUAUCAAAACUUGAGGCAUUGGAAUCACUAAGCAUUAGCGCGCACUCCGAGGAUGACAGUUGGCCAGAACAUGCCGCAGCCUUAAUUACGUAUAUUGUCAGGUUGGAAAGGCUCACUUUUCUUCAUUUCUACUUUCCAGAGAUGGACACUUUUCAAGAAUUUAUUCAAACAAGCCGUUCAUGGACGGAUGGGAGGUUGAGAAAGUUUAAUUUUAUUGUUGGCACUGAUUUUUACCGAGUUGUUGAUCUAGUCCCAUCUGAAGUGGAAUCGAUGUUUAACGAAUCUGACCGAUACUUGAGAUUUGUGGGAAGCUAUGGGGGGGUACCAGAAGAGAUGAAAGAUGUACUUUCGCAUGCAACAGCAUUCUACUUGGAUACACACAGGGAUGCUCAAAGCUUCUCAGAGCUCGGCAUUUCUAAUUUCCAGGCACUGAAGUUAUGCAUGUUCAGAGAUUGUCGCAAACUUCGGGUAAUUUUUGUUGUUGAAGAAACUGAAUGUGCGUUUGAGUGUCUAGAAUAUUUGGGGCUUUACAACUUAAACAAACUGGAGCAUAUAUGGGAGUCACCUUCGUGCCCGAGAGUAACAAAGAUACCUUCUGGUUAUUUUAAGGCUCUAAAAAUUCUAACAGUUAGCUACUGUCUUGAGAUCCAGUUUAUCCUUAUGGAAUCGAUGCUUGAAAGUCUUUACAACUUGGAGGAACUUGUUAUUGAAUUUUGUAGUAGUGUGGAGAAAAUAGUAAAAGAGGAAAAGAAGAGUCGCGUGACCACCAGCAAUGCUAUAUUGCUUCCUCGAUUGAGAAAACUUGUACUUCGAUUCUUACCUAAUUUGGUUAGCUUUGGAAAUGGCCUGUGCCCGUCGAAAGAAAUAGUCAAAAUUCAAGAAUGUCCGAAGCUGAUUCAUAAUUCUGAGCCCAUAGAAGAAACCAGGCGCGUUCGAAGCCGGUUCCUUUCCUCAUUGAAGGUAUGAACAUGUUGAAACUUCUCCGCUUGUGGUAAUUGGUACUGAGGGGAUUAUCUAUUGAUUACUUCACAGCAUUUCUUGGUGUUCAAUAUUUACAUGGAAUAAUUUUUUAUGUUUAAUUGUUUGCUAUCCCCAAAACUUUCCAUCAAAUCCGCGUUUGUUAAGCUUUUUUAUGUUUCUUUCUUACGAUUUUUCUACUAUUGGCGCCGUCGUAUAAGAUUAAAACCUGUCAAGAUUUUGAAAUUGUUUGGGGCAAGGGGCAAUGUAAGAAAUUCAUAUUCUUUUUGCUUGCUAUAUAUAAUAAGAAAGUGAUGUUUUCAA